UGGCAACUCAAUUAUCAAGAGGCAGCAAUAUUUUUACAAGAAGGUGAAAACAACGACAAAUUCGACACACAUCCUAAAGAUCAUAAUGCCUUACCAGCGUACGAAGUGGCUCACAACAUGUGGUUUCAUUUAUUGGACAUGGUGGCCGCCAUUAUGUUACUUGUACUGGCUUUAUGCGAACGACCUGCUGUCUCUUUUUUUAGCCUUCCUGUUGGCAUUCAUGGUUCGUUAGAAAUGUUAUGUUUAUUGAUAUUAAGUCUAGAACUUGGUAUCAGAUUUAAAUGGGUUGGUUGGAAGGCGUAUUUUAAACAUAAACGUACAGUUAUAAAGAUGUUGGCUGUAUUUAUAAUGUUAAUAGAGUCAAUUGUAGUGUUAGUUCGACAGACCAACCAUUUCCGUGUCACACGAUCUUUACGGCCAUUAUUUCUCAUACAUUCCUAUUACUGUCGUGGUGUUCGUAGAAUAACACGACAAGUUUUACAGUCGUUACCUCCGAUUGUUGAUAUGAUUAUAUUAUUAAUAUUCUUUAUGCUCAUAUUUUCUAUAUUUGGUUUUUACUUAUUUUCACAAGUUCCCAAUGAUGUAUAUUUUAACAAUCUACAGACAAGUUUUGUUAGUUUGUUUGUUUUGUUGACAACAGCCAAUUUUCCUGAUGUAAUGAUGCCAGCGUAUUCAGCCAAUAUGUUUUACUCUAUAUUUUUUAUUGUAUAUUUAUCAUUAGAAUUAUAUUUUCUUAUGAAUUUGUUAUUAGCUGUUGUUUAUGAUACGUUUUCAAAUUUAGAAAAAACAAAAUUUCAGAAAUUAUUUUUUCAUAAACGAGAGGGCUGUCAACAUGCCUUUAAACUUCUACUUAAUAAACAGAGUCCCAAUAAAAUUCAGCUCAAACAUUUUAUGGGUAUGAUGUCUCAUUAUCAUUCGUCUAAAAGUAAACGUGAUACAUAUUUAAUAUUUAAAUCUCUAAACACCAGUAAAACAGGCAGUCUGAGUCUAGAAGAAUUUUAUAGUAUUUAUGAUAUGGUAGAUUUAAACUGGAAGUUGAAGUAUUCAGAUCAGAUUUGGUCUUCCAGUUUUAAAAAACCUUUUGAUAAAAUAUUUAGAGCUUUCAAUAAACUGGUAAAUUUAAAAUGGUUUGAUUAUUUUAUUUAUUUAGUUAUUGGUGUUAAUUUUCUGUGGAUUCUCAUAGAAACAAUACAACUUUCAGAUUUAAAAGGCUAUGAUUUUACAGCUAGUUGGACUUCCAUUGUUUUUGUUUGUAUAUAUUCUGUAGAAGUUAUAAUCAAGUUAUUAGGGAAAGGUCCACUGGAAUAUUUUACCACAGGUUGGGAUAUGUUUGAUUUCCUAGUUACAGUAGUAAGUGUUAUAGGGGUAUUAGGAGAAAGAUUUGAAGGUAGUUUUUAUUAUGUGAUUGUACUUAGACCAUUCCGUCUGCUCAGGUUAUUUAAAGUAAAGAAAAGAUAUCGAGAUGUUUUAGGGACGUUGUUUGUAUUAUUUAAUAAAUUAACCAGUCUUGCCAUCGUUAUAAUUCUAGUUUAUUAUUUCUUUGCUAUUAUCGGCAUGGAGAUAUUUCUAGGUGUAAAUCUCAAAGAUUGUUGCAAAAAUACAACUGUAAGUGAUUUUUAUAAAUAUGACAACAACUCCAGAUUUCAAGGUUAUUAUUACCUCAACAACUUUGAUAAUAUCCUUUUAUCUGGUGUGACAUUAUUUGAACUGACUGUGGUUAAUAAUUGGUUUAUUAUAAUGGAAGGUUAUGCUAGUAAAGUUAGUGAAUGGACUAGAGUUUAUUUUAUGUUAUUUUAUAUUGUUAUGAUGGUGGUCAUGAAUAUUAUAGUAGCGUUUGUUUUAGAAUCGUUUUUAUUUCGUAUUCAAUAUCGACGACAGAUGAAACUUGCUGAUAUGGACGGUAAGAUUUUUGUGUUUAAAGUUGAGGUUUCCCUGUCAGAAGAUGAGUUGUAUAUGAGUGAGAGUCCAGUAGGUAAUCUGACCAGUCAUCAUAUACAAACUGAGAAUCAGUCAACUUUACAACGACAGUAUUCACAACCUGAUCUGGGAGUGUAUGUUUUUAAAGGUGAAAGGUCAAGGACUAAAGAUGAUUUCAGUAUGAGAAUGUAUGGUGAUGAGGUCAAGGUAGGAACAAUAAGCUGA